AAUCGGUUCAAACGUGCAGCGAAAUAAGUGAGACUUGCUAACAGCAGCCAUAAUAUUUAAUAAAUUUAAUAUUUGCGGUUUGCGGUUGGCUAUUAUAUAUUUCAAAUAGAAGUAUAAUUUUUUAAUAAUAAAAAACUCUUUUCUGAAGUAUGAACUUUAGAGCUAAUGCUGUACUCACCAAUCCACUAGCGGUAUUUAUUUUAUAUUUUAUUACUUUUUGUAUUUUUGCGAUCUGUAAUCAAAAGACCAACUCGCAAGUAGUUCAACGCCCGGCGGUUAGAAUCUGUGAGGCAUUAGGUAAUGGCUUCCAGCCCAAUUUGAUACCGCAUGCACCCGAAGGUACUGCCGUUGCACCCGGGAAAUAUCCCUAUAUGGCACUCAUUGGUCAUCAAAAGCAAAACGAAAAUAUAACAUUUCCAUGUAGUGGCGCCUUGAUUGAUAAACGUUUCGUGCUAACCGCAGCUCAUUGUAUAAAAAAUGGUAAACCGGUGAUUGUGCGACUGGGUAUAACAGACCUUGACAAUUUUGAACAAAGUAGUGGCAUGGUUGAGAAGAGAAUCAAAGCCAUUCAUGUGCAUCCCAACUAUUCAUUGGCUUCUGCUUACAACGAUAUCGGUUUGGUCGAAUUGGAGAGUGACGUUAACUACUCUUCUUUGGUGUAUCCCGUUUGCUUAUUUACCGCUGCCGCAAUUCCGUUAAACAAUACUGAGUUGUAUGCCACGCGUUGGGGUGUCAAUGGUCAACGUAUUGUAGGUGCAGUACACGUACGGAUUCUUCCAAUACCAUUGUGUCGAGAUGCUUAUGGUAAAUUUGCAAACCGGCUUAUUGCAGAUGGUAUUCGGACCACGCAGUUAUGUGCACACGCUGUAAAUCCAUCGGUAUAUGAAUGUAGUAGUGCGAGUGGAGCUAUGGUCAUAGUCGAAGAUGCAAGUUUAAAUAAAUACCGACUCGUCGGCAUAGAUUCUUUUGGUCCACGUUGUCGUUCACAGGUGCCAGACGUGCUUACUAGAGUAUCCGAAUACUUAGAUUUUAUUGAGAGUGUAGUUUGGGCAUCCCAAGGAAAUAAAGAUCUGACGUAAAUA